GCUGCAGUAGCUGUUGGUAAACUUUGGCUACAUACGAUAUGAGUGCGCGACUCCGUUAGAUUAUCGAUGGCUCCGAAUUGAGUCUUGAGACUCUCAGGGCACCUUCUUUCGUGCACACCUUGGCCAGGUAGCUCAGUCGAGCUUUCAAUCUCGUCGAGGAAGAACGCGUUCCGUUGUUGCGUCGUUGUUGUAACACCGAAUCGUGGGCAGAUAAUUCGUUGACCUUCGCCUUCUUCGACCUCUUCUACUUCUUGCGCUGCUUGUAUGCAAGCACAAUUGGUCAAAUGAUGAACUGGGAAGAGUUGGAUGGUUCUUGACUUGUUCAGAAUUAAAUAAAAUUUUAACGUGGUUGAACAGAAUUUUUGCAAAGGAUUCUUAUAAAUGUGGGUGCACUUGUGUGUUCUUAAUUUAUUCAUAUAAAAUAUUUUGUAUCUUUUCGAUAGAAUAUUUUUGAAACAAAAGUUCAGUGACAAGAGGAAAUCUCGAAAAUCUUGAAAAUCUUCAAGUUAAGCAUUCAGUUGUGGAUUCAUCCGACACGUCUAGAAAGUAUGUGAAUGGUUGGUACAUUUAGUACAGUUCAAAGUGUGUAGGUUGUGUAUCUAAACCGGUGUUUCAUCUCUGCAGAGAAAAAGUGAAGAAGAUUGUGUUAUGAAGCGAGUUUCAUACGUGAAGUGCUGUUGCAAUUUAGAGUGAAAUUUAUGUUCUACAAAAUUAAAUUGUUCAAGCCUAAUAUAAGCAAAUAUCUAUAAAUAAUUUUAUAGAAUAUUUAGAUAUUAUUUGAUGUGGUGAAAUUUUUGUGAAAUCAUACAUGUGUUUUCUUAAAACAAGAAAAUAACUGGUGAAUGGAAAGUCUUGUUAUUAUCAGAGAAAUAGAUGGAGAAGAGCAUAUUUGAGUUCAUCCCGUUGUAAGGAAUAUCUAUGUUGAGAAAAACUGCCGCAUCGGAAAUUUGCAUCAUCUUAAGCACUUCAAUUUCAAGAUAAUUUUGUUCAGUAUUUGAAUCGAGAUGACACGUAGGCGUUCAACCCAAUGCAAUCACUCAAAGUGUUGUAUAGUCGAGUGUAUAAAUAGUACACAACAUUCACUAGAAAGACGACAAUGAUGAAUGUUUGAAUGCAAAUACAAGCAGAAAACCGUUCCUGAAACGUUGUCGUGUUGAAAUUGCUAGUUCUGGAUUCGAGCUGGAGGAAGAGUAUUGGAUCUUGAAGCUCCCUUGUCAUAUGCAUUUAAAGGAUCACAUUGCAAACUUCCGGAAAACCGCCACCUGCAUCAACAAGCCAAUCAGAAAUAUAAUGUGAAUUAAUGUCACCACAUCGAGGUGCCUCCAACAAAACGGUGUUAAUAAAAAAGCUAUUAUGGCCGCCACCGAUGGCCAAAUAAUACUGGCCGCAUCUCGUUUCGGCGACAUACCACCAGUCUAUCUCAGGGAUUUCGCCAAACAGCAGCUUCCAGCCAUUGCAAAAAUCAUAAAAGGUCAACAUCAAAAUUUGGGCGUCCCAGCACUGUCUAAUCCCUCACUGCAAAGCACUGCGCUAUUCCUCACAGCCGGAAAGAAAUACCAAAUUUUGGCACAGCCCAUUAAAAUUAAAGAAGGACGAAAGCCAACAAAUAUUGGCCCAAAGGUGCUUAUACCGGAAACAUAUCCUGGCUUCUUUGAGCUAUUGAGUGAGGAUGGACGAUCAACACGAUGCAUUGAUACCGUUUUGGAAUUAUCGAAACGAAGGAAUCUACGCGUUUUGGUACGCGAAACGUUUCGAUGUAAUCAUUUGAAUCGGACAAUACAUGCGGGUGAAAUUUUGACAACAAUUACUGAUAAUGGCAAAUUUCUACAGUGCAAGACUGUUAAGGAUGAAAUCCUUAAUUUGCCACUCGAAGCCAAAGCAAAAUUUUCACCGAUUGCAAAGGAAGAUAGUAUAAGUGGUGUGCAUUCGGUGAAGAAUUUAUUAAUGAAACGUAUGCCAGUUAUUGUAAGAUUAGUUCACGGUAGUGCACCGAAAGGAUUAAAACAACCUUUUGUACCUGAACUACGUCUAUUAGGCUGUGUUGAAGUCGAUCGUAUUUUCGCAUUACCCCUGCAAAAAGACACCGACCUCAUUUCAGUACCGCUCAAUGCCAAGCUUAAGUUGCAAAGAGCCAAAAAUAUGGAACAACUCGAACACUUCAUCGAGUACACAAGAUUUCUCGAAAAGGCACAACGACUCCUGUCCGAUGCUCGCGAUCGUCUACAAAUAGUCGACCUAAAGCUCAGUGAAAAGGAGAAGAAAGAAUCGAAAAAUAGCAGUAGUAGUCGUAAAAUUCCUCUAAUUAUAUCAACGUCAGGCUUAGAGAAUGGUUAUGUACUACGAAAAAGUGCCAGUUGUGACAGUAAUAAUAGUAAAUAUCAUCAACAAUCGAGUCUGAAUUCGAUAGCUGAUGAGUAUGACGAAAUCGAUCAUAUCUAUGAUUAUGUACGCGGUUUGGCGCCUCUAUCGAAGAGUAUGAAUCGCUUCGAACCCAUAUGCGAGUCAAAUUUAAAGUCACAACCAGAUAGUGGGAACUACAGUAGUCUGAUAAGGGUUAAUAGUAACAGUAAUAGCAACAACAAUAACAAUAGUCUAGAGUCCAAUAAGCACGUAAGUCAUCACAAUAACAACAACAACAACAAUAGCAGCAGCAACAACCAUAACAACAAUCAUAAUCACCAUCAUUAUGCAACAUCACAACCAGUACAACAUAUUCAACCCCACUACAAUCACAGCCAUAUCGAAGAAGACAUUAAACCUGUGCCACCACCCAUUGAAACUAUACCUGGUAAGAAGUUACCAGAAAAGCGACAGAGGCCUACGUUACCAAAAUUAUAUGUGAAAAAUUCAUCGUCAUCAUCCACAAAUAAUCAUCAUCAUCAUGUGAAAAUUACAAAUGGGACCAGUAAUGGUGUAAAUGGCGUGAAUUCACCAAUAGCUGCCAUCAAUGGAAAGGAGAGUUUAGAACCUCAGAGUCCGCUGUUUCAUAUAAGAUAUAAAAGUCUAAGCAGUCUACAACUCACUCCCGAUAGUAACUCAACUACUCCUAUUUCAACAACUCCCAAAGGCACUGAAAAAUUGGUUGGCCAUCAAUUGACAAAGAGUGCAAGUACGGGUGGUGCUCGCGAAGGUACAUUGGAUUCAUCACGCAGUGGUGGACGAACGUCUGGUGAUUCAAAAUUACCAGAGAAGAAAACUCGACGUUUAUCACGGCCACGAAGUUUAUCAAAUCUCGUUUGGGAUUUACGACCCACCAAGGAUAAGUCAAAGAAGAAACUCUACAUUCAUCAUUUUGAUCAUCGACAACAGGGCACAUUGUAUCUAUAAGAGACGUACUGUAAACGACAUUUACCCGGCACUCCAGCAUCAUAAACUGGCAACUAUUUUCAGCUUGUAGCAACGAAUUCCCUUAUACGAUUCACACCUAAAUCUUAUUACUGUGUCAUAAAAACAACGAGAGAAAAAGUGUGAUGAAAACUAUCUAUGGUUACUCUAUAUGAAAACGCAAGGUGUCAAUACGAGAACAAAUCCCAUAAUCUGAAAAUGCAUUUUCCUCCGCAAACAAUAAAUGAAUAGUAGAGAACUCUUAUAAUUGCUCAUUUGCAGGUUUUAUGGUAUUCUUCCCCAGCUUUUAGAUUGUCCGCCAUAAAACAAUUUCUAUCCAGUUCUAACAAAUAAUAAGGAAACAAAGCAAUGUGAGAGUAUAUACCAUUAGAUAAAAGUCACACAUAAAGAGAAUCGACAUGAUUAUCGAGAGUAAUAAUUAUGUCGUAUUUCGAGUAGACCCUCGGUUUUAUCUUUCCUCUGACGUCGCUUUCACAAUUAUGGAUAAGUUAUCCGAGAGCACUAAAACUGCUGCUAUUAAUUCACAUUUUCGCUUCCAACCGUAAACGAAGCGAGCAUCCAAGCGCUUGAAUUUUUUUCAACAAAAAAUCUGGCAACUACAAGGGAAAGUAUCCAAAUUGAAUCAUUAAAUUGAUUACCACGACUGCCGUUCAUCAGCCAGCAUCAAUCGUUUGCAGCAUUUCUCAUUUCUCCGACAUGUACUGAAAACCGUGGCUGGAAUUAGUCCAUUCAAUACGACACUAUGCUUACAUUUACAUGCACACAUGCAUAUAAACAUUUAAGAAACUCGAAAUAUCUAGUAUCUUAUAAAUCUACUGUCAUUAAAAUAUAUUAUAAUACGUUCGAAGUCUACGAAAAUGUGAUUUUAAUUUUAUAAAUAUUCAAGUAAAUAAAGUAAAAUAUUUGUAAUAGCAUUUCUAGAAAACAUGAAAAAAAUCGUUUCAUAUAAAAUUAUCUUUUAUUAUACUCAAUAAUUUACAUUUUGAUACGUUCUCCGAAUUAUCAUUAGAAUUGUUAAUUUCUUCGAAAUGAUUUCACUCUAGCGAUUAAGCAACAGUUAGACCAUAAAAGGAUGUAGUCAAGAAAUACUCAAGUGUAAAAUUUGUUUAUUACUUUUGGUUAAUUUGCUUUAGUGUUUGUUUGAUUCUCAUUGUAUGUACGUUUGAGUGGUUUUUGAUAAUAAUCUCAAAUAGAUGCAAUGAACAGAUUCACAAAAGAAAUUCACAUACUCGUACUUUGUAUGCAAAAUAAAUACUUUACAAAUGAAAUAUCUAAUUCAGGAUUUAAAUAGUAGAAAUAGCCAAACACAAUAGAUUUCAGCUAAAGUAUCUUUUUAUCAUUAACUCGUAUAUCAGGCAUUUAUUCCCGUUUUAGAAUCAAACACGUUCCGUGCAGAUACACAUAGUGGAAGGGCGCAAAUUGUGAACAAUGUCAGCCAGAUACACACAUACACAUAGAUUAGCGUAUUUCAGUGUUAUGCUUAAUAUUAAAUGACUCGAAAAUGGAUUGUAAUUUGUAAAUUUAUAAUAUAUAAAUAAUUUGAUUUUAUAAAAAAAAAAAA